AUGGAGAGCCCUGGUGAGCGAGAGCCCCAGCCCACCCCACCGCCGGCGUCCCUCCGGCCGCCGCCGUCCACCCCGCCCCCGCCCUCCAUCCCCGCCACAGAUCCACCAUCCCUCACCCCGGCCGCAUCGUCUGAGCAAGUCCUGGAGGCCCUCCUUGGCGCAGGCGACGAGGAGCUUCUGGACUGGGGUGACGAGAGCCCUGUCCACAUUUACUCCCAAGCUUGUGCCGGAGAAGAUGCAGAGCACCCGAGGUCAGGCCCCAGCUCCCCUGCCCCAGCGAAGCUUGUGCCAAUUGAAGUCCCCGGUGGAUCUGCUCCUGCAGCUGGCGGAUCGGGCGGUUCCGCUACCGCUGCGGCGAUGGACAUCUCGAUCUGCUCGCCCCCUGACCUGAGGAAGCAAGGAGCUACGCGUGCUGAAGGUGCAGCGCUGGCCACCGCAGAAGGCUCUGGCAAGGCCAUGGCUUCCAGCUCCACGACACCGGCCACCCAACCCGGGGCGAAUCUUUACUGCUCCCCCGAUUCAAGAUGGGAGAUGGGCGCACCCGCCGGAGUUAUUGCGGGGCAGGAGGAGCCAAUUUCACCAAAAUGGCAACACGCAAAGGCUGGACGACGGUCGCGUGCGCCGCCGGUACCGCAUCCGGACACCGCCGCAUCCAAGCCGGCGCCAAGAGGAUCUCCAUCCGCGGCAUUCGCUGCAUUUAAGAAGCGCUUCGCCGGAAGGUGUUUUCGGUGCCUCGCCUCAGACCACCAAGUUGCUCACUGCCGUGAUCCGGGAGCAGAGGACACAGAGGGCUGCACUGAGACAGAGGACAACGGUGACUGCGCCUCCUUCUGCAGGAAGAUGUUCAGGAAGGUUCCUGAGCCGCUGCUACCAAGGCCGGCCUCACCUCAAGUUGUUAAGAAGCAGGCCGGUCAGUCGAGUACCAGAAGACGCAGAAGGACACUAGCUCCCACCCGCUCCAGCUUGCGUCAGGCCGCUCGCCCAUCCCCCGUGCCGGUGGCACAACGCGCACAACUCAAGCUUAUGCGCGAGCUGGACUUGACCUCCCAGAGAAGGCGAUCAAGGCACUACGUACGGACUGCAGCGAAGAUGGACAACAAGGAGCUCUGCAAGGCCCUAGCUGCAAUUGCAGCGGAGUCAGGGGGAGAUGAGAUAGUGGUUCCAUGA